GCCGUAAAGUAACGAUAACACUGAGGAGCACAGAUAAAAAGAAAAGUGACGUUAACAAAAAGCUCGUACUCACAAAAGAGACAAAGAUCGAGAACACAGAACAAAGUCUGGCCUUUGCGGUUGGGUGCUAUUUUCUGUUCACUUACAGACGGUGUUAUUUUUUUAUAUGAGAGGUGAGCGGCCCCGGUGCCGUGACGAGAGAGGCAGAGCGAGCGAGAGCGAGGGCGCGACGGAGCGGACGUUACCCGGGCACCGCGAUGGCCUCCGACAGCGGCAGCAACAUGGACAGAGAGAUGAUCCUGGCCGACUUUCAGGCUUGCACUGGCAUUGAUAACAUAGCAGAAGCUAUCGCAUUGCUAGAGCUGAACAAUUGGGAUUUGGUGGCGGCAAUCAAUGGCGUGAUUCCACAAGAAAAUGGUAUCUUGCCAAGCAAUUUCUCCAGUGAGGGGACCCAGACCAGCGGUUUUGGGCCUCACAGUCAACCGACAGGAGCAGCUACACCUUCCCACUCUUCCUCCUCUACCCAGACACCUCCGUCUUCCUCUGCCUCGGCCUUCUGCCCUGUCCCGCCUUUGCGACACAUCAUUGAGCGCCAGCCACGCAUGCUUAACUUCCGUGUAGAGUACCGCCAGCGCUGUGUGGAGGUGGUCCUGGAGGAUGCCAGUACUGUGGGCGAAAUUAAACAGAUUUUGGAGACAGAGUUGCAGAUCCCCAUGUCAAAGAUGCAGCUGAAAGGCUGGAAGACUGGAGAUGUGUCUGACAGCACUGUUCUGCGAAGUUUACACCUGCCUAAGAACAACAGCUUGUAUGUCCUGACUCCUGACAUUGCCCCAGCGGCCAGCACAAGCCAGAACAGUGCUUUGCAGGAGUCGUUAAAUCAAAACUUCCUACUGGUUGUGAGCCACCGCGAGGCCCAGCGGGAUUACAGCCUCAACUUCCCUGGCAGCAGGACCGUCCAGGAGGUCAAAAGGAAUAUCUCGGACCUAACAAACAUUCCUGUUCGGCACCAGCAGUGGGAAGGUUGGCCUGCUACCGUCACUGAUGAUUCGAUGACACUGGCUGCCUCGGGGAUCAGCUAUCCUUGUCAUCACCUGAGCGUGUGUCGGAGAGCCUCCCCAGCACCCCCCCGGGAGCAGCCUGAGGAGUGCACAGAUGUACACAUGGUAAGCGACAGUGAAGGAGACGAUUUUGAAGAUGCUUCUGAAUUUGGGGUUGACGAAGCAGAAAUGUUUGGCAUGGGUACCUCAGGUUGUCGGAAGUCUCCCAUGAUGCCUGAGAAUGCUGAGAACGAGGGGGAUGCUUUGAUGCACUUUACUGCUGAGUUUUCAGCAAGAUAUGGAGACUGCCAUCCAGUCUUCUUCAUCGGCUCCCUGGAGGCAGCGUCUCAAGAGGCCUUCUAUGGCAAAGCCAGAGAUAGAAAGCUGCUUGCCAUCUACCUCCACAAUGAUGAGAGUGUGCUCGCCAACGUCUUCUGCUCCCAAAUGUUGUGUGCGGAGUCUAUAGUCUCCUAUCUCAGCCAGAACUUCAUCACUUGGGCCUGGGAUGUUACUAAAGAAGCCAACAAAGCCAGACUGCUCACCAUGUGCACAAGGCACUUUGGCAGUGUUGUGGCACAGACCAUUCGGACAUACAAGACAGAUCAGUUUCCCCUCCUCCUCAUUGUCAUGGGGAAACGUGCAUCCAAUGAGGUUUUAAAUGUCAUUCAAGGGAACACAACAGUGGAUGAGUUAAUGAUGAGACUAAUGGGGGCAACAGAGAUCUUCACAGCCCAGCAGCAGGAAGACAUUAGGGAUGAGGAUGAACGUGAAGCAAGAGAAAUGGUGAAGCGAGAGCAAGAUGAAGCAUACCGCUUGUCUUUAGAAGCUGACCGCAGAAAGAGAGAGGCCCAGGAGAGGGAAGAGGCAGAACAGGUUCGUCUGGAGCAAAUCCGAAAAGAACAGGAAGAGGAGCGUGAGGCCAUCCGUCUGUCCCUGGAGCAGGCCUUGCCUCCAGAGCCAGAGGAGGAGGGUGUUGAGCCAGUGAGCAAGCUGCGCAUCCGGACGCCCAGCGGCGAAUUCCUGGAGCGCCGCUUCCUUGGCAGCUGCAAACUGCAGGUGCUCUUUGACUUUGUGGCCUCCAAGGGCUAUCCGCAGGAAGAGUUCAAACUCCUCACCACCUUUCCCCGCAGAAACAUAACCCAGUUAGACCCUGCUUGGACUUUCCUGGAGGCCAAAUUGUUUCCUCAGGAGACUCUCUUUUUGGAAGCCAAGGAGUAAGACUGUUGUGGCAUAAAGAGGCAGGCUAGAGUAGUAAAGAACCACAUUGUGUUUCCUGCCUGUCAGCAGAGACCUCUCUCUCUCCCUCUCUCUCACACACACACACACACACACACACACA